AUGACGUGUGUUGGACAUAGACUGAAAUCUCUGUUAGGAAGAUUUGAAGGAGUUGGUUAUCAAGUUGUGCGAACGGUGAAGACCCCGACACAGCCUCCGGAUUUUUCGCAUAUCGUGUUGCCGGAGAAGCGACGCUUGCCAUUCUAUCCCAAAGUACCGGUAAUCCCGAACAAUGCUCGACCUCCGAAGUGGCAACGUAAAUUAGAAUACAUGCGAGGUCCGGAAGAGCACCACAAUAGGCUCAUACACGGCCAAUACGGCGUUCAGGCCCUAAUUGGAGGGGAAUUGAAGUUCGGCCAUUUCGAGAUGAUGCGAAUGACGAUGUUGAGAAAGUUUGUGGAAAGCAGAAUGUUCGCUGUGUAUCGUGUAGAUGCUCCGUGGAAGUCCCACUCGUCCAAGAAGCGACGCUUGCCAUUCUAUCCCAAAGUACCGGUAAUCCCGAACAAUGCUCGACCUCCGAAGUGGCAACGUAAAUUAGAAUACAUGCGAGGUCCGGAAGAGCACCACAAUAGGCUCAUACACGGCCAAUACGGCGUUCAGGCCCUAAUUGGAGGGGAAUUGAAGUUCGGCCAUUUCGAGAUGAUGCGAAUGACGAUGUUGAGAAAGUUUGUGGAAAGCAGAAUGUUUGCUGUGUAUCGUGUCGAUGCUCCGUGGAAGUCCCACUCGUCCAAGUUGAGCUUAAAAGUCCCGUGCUUCGCAGUGCCGCCUCCCUUGGGCAAUAUUCAUCAUUACACGACGCCGGUGAAAGCCGGAAGAAUAAUUCUGGAGCUCGCAGGGAAAUGUGAAUUUGCCGAGGUGAGUGACGAGUUUUCACUGCAUUUUCUAUUCUUAUGA